CCCCGGAUAUGUGCGGGCCGCCGCCGCCACCACUCGCGGGCUGGGAGGUGCAGCCACUCAGGUUCACUUUGUUUACUCGAAGCACUUUACUUUGGGAAAUGUUUUCAAACACUUUGUUUUGAUAUUGCUUGUUGACGACGGUUGUGGAAUUUGCCCUGAAAGUUCUGUGAUCCGACAAAAUGAUUAAAGACUCAUUUGGAACGUGCUUUCAUUGAAUGUUGCUGGACUGUAAAGCAGAAAAUGGAUCUCCCGACGCAGCCCCUUUGUAUCUGCUGUGGACAAUCUCACCUGCCUCAGGAAAACCAUUCAUAUAAUUAUCAGGAUGAAAUAGACGAUGACCUCAUCUGUGACAUCUGCCUGCAGCCCUUGGUGGAGCCUAUGGAUACACCAUGUGGGCACACAUUCUGCACUUUGUGCCUUACUAACUUCUUACUUACCCAAGAUUUCUGUCCCAUGGAUCGUAAGCCCUUGUGUCUCAUGGUGUGCAAGAAAUCAAGCCUGUUGGUCCAUAAGUUGUUGGAUAAAGUAUUGGUCUUCUGCCCGCUAAAGGAACAUUGCACUGAAAUCUUGCAGCGCUGUGACCUCAAAAUACAUCUGCGUCGCAGGUGUAGUGGAGCGAUCCAAUGUGGACUCUGGAAAGAACGAGAGGACCAGCCUCAGGAGCUUUCCCCAACAGGUGGAGCAGAUUUAGUUCCGGAGAUUCCUGUGGAAAGUGGUGACUUGGCAGUGCCGGUGCUUUCCCCACAACUGCCCGCACCAUUGGCCUUGACAACUACUGACCCGGGGCUGAUAAAUCACGCCUAUGAAACGGGCUCAGACAGCAGCCAUUCAGAGAGCAAUUCCAGCACCCACAACAAAAAUAAUAUCAAGAAAAACCGACAUUUUGAUCGCAGUACAGUGAGAAGCAGAUCCUUUAAAAAACUGAAUCGUGCUUUCAGCUAUCUACGCAAGACGGGUAAUGCGAAUCUUGUUGACAGUGAUCCUGGUGAAAGUGUGCAGACUGCUGCUCUUCCAGAAGAAGUAUCUCCGAGAUUACAUCACCUCAUCCCCGAUGGUGAAAUUACAACCAUUAAGAUCGAUCGUUCUGAUCCACACGUAAAGCUGGGCAUCAGCAUUGUGGGAGGUUGUGAAACUCCUGUGGAAAAUAUCGUUGUACAAGACAUUUAUCGAGAUGGUGCCAUCGAUAAAGACGGCAGACUUCUACCCGGCGACAUGAUUCUAGAGGUAAAUGGUACUGACCUAAGCAGUGUGCCCCAUUACUAUGCGCUGGCGGUACUGAAGCAGCCGUGCCAGAUCCUGUUACUGAACGUGCUCCGAGAACAACUAUAUAAAUGUAGAAGUAACAUGGAAAGUAACUGCUCCAGAGAUGACAGCUUCCAUGUUAUUCUCCACAAGAGUGCUGAUCAACCACUAGGAAUAAAACUGGUCCACAGGUCUGAUGAAUCGGGGGUUUUUAUCAUCAGUUUACUUGAAGGUGGUCUUGCAGCCCAAGAUGGCCAACUACAAGUGCAUGACCGAGUGCUCGCCAUAAACGGACAUGAUCUUCGUCAGGGAUCUCCAGAAAUUGCAGUACACUUUAUACAGAUAAGUGACGAUCGAGUGCAUUUUAUUGUAUCAAGAAAGACAAGGUCACGAACCCCUGAUAUUUUGCAAGAGAGCAGGUGGAACAACAACAACAACCCAGCUAGUCCUGCUGAAAGAAAUCUGCACAACAAGAGUUUCCUUCAUGCCUUCACGUGCCACGAAAAGAUCAUCAAUGUUAACAAAGAAGUGCAUGAGCAUUUGGGAAUGACAAUAUCAGGUGGCCUACAAAGCAAAAACUGGGAUCUCCCAAUCUACGUUACAAACGUUCAUCCCAAUGGAUGCUUGGGGAAUGAUGGAAGAAUAAAAAAUGGUGACAUUCUAUUGAAUGUAAAUGGCACUGAACUUACCAGUAUAACACAAAGUGAAGCCGUGUCCAUUAUAAAGCAGAGUGCUGCCUCCUCUUCUGUUAUUUUCAAAGCUUUGGAGCUAAGGGUAGCAGAAAAAGACAAUGCUGAUGGCUUUGCACUCCACAACUAUAAUGAAAACAACUUACCUGAAGAGGACUGGUCACCGUCAUGGAAUAUGUGGCUAGUAUUGCCCCGGUAUCUUUAUCCAUGCAAAGAUGUGGAAUUGAGAAGAAAUACGUCUGGAAGUCUGGGAUUUAGCAUUGUAGGCGGAUACGAAGAAAACCAUGGAAGCCAGCCAUUCUUCAUAAAGUCCAUUGUUAAUGGAAUGCCAGCUUAUAACGACGGAAGAUUGAGAUGCGGAGAUGUAAUUUUGGCAAUCAAUGGAAGAAAUACCUCUGGAAUAACUCACUCUUGUCUGGUGAAGAUACUUAAAGAAAUAAGAGGAAAAGUUACUCUCACUGUGGCAUCUUGGCCUGGCAGCCGUCUCUAGAAUGGAUUAUAUUGAUAUUAAGAAUACGGAACUAAAAUUAGUCAAAGCCAAUGAUUCUGCCAAGGAACCACAUCAUUGAAAACCCUGAUACUCAAAUAGCAAUAUAAUUAAUUUUGUAUGCGUUUCUAUAAACACCGGGAGUCCCAAAUGAUUUUUAAAUUAUAUUUUCUGAAGAUAUAGUCUAUUUGCUUGUAAACUCAACUGGGACAGGAUGCUUAAAGAAAAAAAAUGGAACACAAUGCAUUAAUGCACUUAGGAAGUGCAAUCUUAAAUUAAAUUCAGGACUGAAAAUAUUCACUAUUGCAUUUUGGAUUGCAAUGAAUACUCCAGGUGUGUUGGUGAAUGGGUUCUCUGUAAUUGUCACGUCAAAAAAAGUCUUAUUUUGAGAAAAAAAGUAUCUUGGAAGAGUGGCAGAACUACAAUAAAUCUUAUCUCUGCUAA